ACAUGUCGAGCAAAGUUUGUUCAACUUGCGUCCUACAAGUUAUUUGCAACGCGCAGGAGCCAGUGUCGCAAAUGCAACUGAUAUCACUUUUCACCAAUGAUCCUUCGGAUGAAGUGGUGAGGAAGGAGCUUCAAUUCAUCCUGACGACCUCGCUGGACUUGGGCUUAAUAGUGAAGAGCAGCGACCAAUACUACAUCGGAGCUAACGUAAACGAAACGGUACGGGAGGAGGAAAAUCCGGAAGUCCAGGAGGUAUCUCAAGGUGCUGAGCAAGCAUCGCAAAUGCCUGAGAUGGAAGAAGUGUCAGCGGAACAAGAGAGUCAGGACAAAAUAAAUUAGUGGUCAGCAAUGUGCCAAUAUGAAUCAAACAAAUUCAGCUGCGGUGCAGUGUGUGCGGUUAAUUGAAAUAACUUUCCAAGGAGAAAGGAAGCCAUAGACUCAGGUCCCACUUUACGCAAAAUAAUUUCAAAGAGGACUAGCACUAAAAAUUUACAGUGAAAUCUUAUGUACGCGCUUGUAAUAACAAAUAUAAAGAGCGGAUGAAGUUGCUCUAACAUACAGUGUAUUUAUAUCGAUAAAACCUUCCCCCUUGAACUUUCAAGCACAAUAAACGUUUGCUAAAAGA